UUGUUGCUAAUCAAAUUUUUUGUUGAAAUGCCUGGUGGUAAAAAGAAAUUGGCAUGUUGGUCAUAUUACCUAGAAAAAACUGUAAAAGGCAAAAAGAUAUUUGAAUGCUGUUAUUGCAAAUUUCAAUAUUCUUGUAAAAAUGCCACUAAAAUGAUCAUGCAUUUAAUAAAAAACUGUAAAAAUUGCCCAUCCGAAGUUAUAAAGAAAAUUAAACCAGUUAAAGAUACACAUACAUUACAAUUACAUAGUAUAGAAGGUAAUGAUUAUGUGGAUAAUUUAUCAGAAAUAAACGAAAAUUAUAUAGAUGCCACUAAACCUGUUGAAAAUGAAAUGUUGCCAUCUACAUCAAGUUCAAGUACCAUAGUACAAAAUGUUCACCUGAAUUUAACAGUAAGAAAUACGAAAAAAGGAAUUUUGAGUUUUGUUGAUAAAAUGGAUGCUUCUGAUCAGAUUAAAUCAAAUGAAAAAUUAACAAGAGCAAUUAUAGCAAGCGGUUGCCCUUUGCAAAUGCUUGAGCACCCAUUAUGGAUUGAUGUUUUUAAGUUCCUGAGACCAUCAUUACAGCUUCCUUCUCGUAAAACAUUGUCUACUUCAUUAUUGGAAAAUGAAUAUAAUACAGUUAAAUCUAUUGUUGAAAGCUCAGUCAAAGUACUUAUCAUUGCAGUGCGAUGGGUGGUCAAAUAUCCGCAAUGAAGGUAUAAUUAAUUUUAUUAUUUGUACACCAAAACCAUAUUUUAUUUCAUCAGUAGAAACAGUACAUUUUAAUCACACUUCAGAUUAUAUUAUUGAGCAAAUUGAAAAGGUUAUAA